GGUUCGUAACGCUCUAAGUGAAGAUGAAUAUCUAUGGCCUCAGGGUAUUGUACCUUAUAUUUUGGCUAAUGAAUAUGACCAGAAAGGAAAAGAGCUGAUCUCGAAAGCUAUGCUCCAAUUCCAGAAUCUAUCUUGUAUUCGGUUUAUUCCGAGGAGCUUGGAGGAAGAUUAUAUAUACAUAACGCCAAAUGGAGGAUGUGCAUCUUACGUGGGACGUAUGGGUGGUGAACAGACGCUUUCUUUGGGAAUCGGCUGUUAUUCUAAAGGCAUCAUCAUGCACGAAUUAAUGCACACGCUUGGGUUUGUGCAUGAACAGAGUCGUCCAGAUCGAGAUGAUUUUGUCACUGUUCAUUGGGAGAAUGUGAAAGAAGGAAGGGAAGGAAACUUUAAAAAAUAUGACUGGCCUGUUAUUCAUCUCUUAAAAGAAGACUAUGACUAUUCUUCAAUCCUCCAUUAUAGUCGCUUUGCUUUUAGUAAAGAUCCUAAGAAGAAGCCUACACUAGAGCCGAAAAAGAAAGAUGCGAAGAUUGGUCAACGGAGUUACCUCAGCAAAGGAGAUAUACGAAAAAUCAAUAAACUGUAUCAAUGUAAGAACCAUUUAUCAGAGCAAAAUAUUGGAGAGCUCCUAAUGUUUUAAUAAAUUUAUCCA